GAAGAGCUGAAGCUAUCCCUACACAGAGCUGUCCUUUGAUUUCUCCUGUCCAGUACCCAUGUUUUCAGGUCUUACCUUCAACUGUGUCCUGCUGCUGCUGCAACUACUACUUGCAAGGUUUUUGGAAGAUGCUUAUAUAGUUGAGGUAGGUAAGAAUGCCUAUCUGCACUGCAACUACACUCUACCUACUUCUGGGAUUCUUGUGCCUAUGUGCUGGGGCAAAGGAUCCUGCCCUUGGUCACAGUGUGGCAAUGAGUUGCUCAGAACUGAUGGAAAACAUGUGACAUAUAAGAAAUUCAGCAGAUACCAGCUAAGGGGGAACAUCAACAAAGGAGAUGUGUCUCUGACCAUAGAGAAUGUGACUCUAGCUGACCGUGGGACCUACUGCUGCAGGAUACAAUUCCCUGGUAUUAUGAAUGAUAAAAAACUAGAUUUGGAAUUAGUCAUCGAAGCAGCCAAGGUUACCCCAGCUGAGACUGCUCAUGGAGAUUCUACUACAGCUUCUCCAAGAACCCUAACCACUUCAGGAAAUGGCUCAGAAACACAGCCCCUGGUGACCCUCCAUGAUAACAAUGGAAUAAAAAUUUCCACAUGGGCUGAUGAAAUUAAGGACUCUGGAGAAACUAUCAGAACUGCUGUCCAUAUUGGAGUAGGCAUCUCUGCUGGGUUGGCCCUGGCACUUAUCCUUGGUGUUUUAGUCCUUAAAUGGUAUUCCUAUAAGAAAAAGAAGUUACAGAGUUUGAGCCUUAUUACACUGGCCAACUUACCUCCAGGAGGGCUGGCGAAUGCAGGAGCAGGUAGGAUUCAUUCUGAGGAAAACAUCUACACCAUCGAGGAGAACGUAUAUGAAAUCGAGAAUUCAAACGAGUACUACUGCUACAUCAGCAGCCAGCAGCCAUCCUGACCACCUCUGGGCUCCCAUCUUUAAAGACUCCUCCUUCAUUGCUGACUUUGGUAUUUUGUUUUUGAAAAAUAUGAGAUAUGUUACCUGGCAACCUCUUUGGAGGUUCUGUCCGCAACCACUGAGAAAAGAGUUCCUGUUUUCUGUAGAUAAUUAACUCACAAGGGGAUUCAACUGUAACCUGCACUACUUUGAAAUACGCCAUUUUACCUGAGCUUCAGGGAUAGGAUCUCCCAACCCAGAGACUGCAACCAUGGAUGUUGAAGCGCACAUGUGCUUUCAUACAUUAGGAAUGGUUAGUCUGAUGUCUCUGGAGCUCUGAGACAUUAAGGUAUGUCCACAAAGCUCUUGAACAGGUAGGGGGAAUAAAGGGCUAAGAUAGAUAGGUGCAGGUCUUUGUUGAUGCUGAGAAUAAAAAAGCUGGUGGUUUUCCUAGAGAUUUCUGACCUUGAAAGAUUAAGAAAGAGCCAGGUGGCAUACGCUUCACAUUACAUACCUUGGGAACCUCAGGCAGGAGGGUGGUGAAUUCAAGGUCAGCCAGGGCUAUGUUGAUGAGACUUUGUCUCAAAAACAAAGUAAGAAAAUAAACAUACAGACAUCAGGAAGCUGGAGAU